AUGGAUGAGGAUCCUGAUGUAGCAGCUCAGCGAUUUGUCGAGAAACAUAAUUUACCGAUAUCGUUCUUAGCAAAGGUAUCAGGUCUUCUGCGCUCUCAGACAGGCGCAGGUGUUUCGUCGUCAUCUAGUCAGCCAUUCUAUGAUCCAUUCACAGGUAGUGGUCGCUAUAUUCCUGGACAGUCAUCUGAAGCGGCUUCUCCAGCUAGUGUUGCAGAUCCAUUCACAGGUUCCGGACGAUAUGUGCCUGGAAACUUUGGAGAUGCCCCAGCGCCAGCUGGUGGGGAUCCUUACACGGGCUCCGGAGGGUAUAAACCUGGGUCUGUUUCGGGCGAUCUGAUCCCCAAUGCAUGUCUUCCACAAGAUAAAAAGAAACCUCGUGGAGAACUGGUACCUAUGUCACAUUAUUAUCGAUUUGGCGUCGAGCAGCUGAGCACAAAAGCUCAUGCGAAGCUGGUCGAGCUCAAUGAAAAUCAGCCGGUAUUGAGGUUGAGCGAUGUCCAGAUUUCUGCUAUCAAACAAUUAAUGUCACCGGGUAGUCAUGCCAUUGAAUAUGAUGUUGUGGCAGCUGCUCUCGAUGUCGGAUUGCAAUGGGCCAUGGGUGAUUUGGUCCCGAUUCUGGACGCUUUUCGUGUCGCGCUUCUUCAUGAGCGACUUAAUUCAUAUUUCUGUGAUAUGAAGGGCAGAGGCGAAGGUACGCAACAACGUCUGUGUGCACUUCUACUAAGUGAAGCUCCAGAUGCAGUAUGUAUUUUGGUGUGUCGAUCAUUAGCAAACGCCUUCGUUCAUCCUUGUGGACGCGAUAUGCUUUGCCAUGACUUCCAAAAUCUUUUCGCGGUAGUAGUGAAUCAAUUGAAGACCAAUAAGGCAGCUCUUCAGUUAGCUGCCGCUUCUACACUUGCUAACUGGAGUUUGUUAUUAUUGAAUCGAUCAGAAACCGUUGCGGAGUUGGGACCAAGAGAGGACGCGAUUCGGGGAAUAGUAAAGGUUUGCGAAACCAUUGAUUCAUUUGGAUACCUUUGUCAAGACAGCAUGAUUAGAUUAUUGCAAGCAGUUGUUACGUUUAUGUGGGGAGAUACGUCGGUUAUCAGUCUGGCGAAAUCGAGGAAUAUGUUGCAAAUUGUGAGCAGAAUGAAAGAUGCAGUCGUGGAUGAGCGAGGCAAAAACAUUGCUCGUGACAUCGCAGAGAUGAUCUAUGCCAUUUAA